AUGGAUAAAACUAAUUCUGAUAAGCUUGUUAAUUUCCUUGAACAAAGACUAAGUGUUGAUCAAAAAGUAAAGAGAGUACAAAGAAAGGUAGAAGAAUACAUGAAACAUUACAACUAUGAAGAAUAUGUAGAUAAUCCAACAAAAAGAGUAGAAGAGAAAAUAAAAGAUAUUGAAGGAAUUUUAGAUCGAAUGGAUGAAACAAAACAACGAAGUGAUGUUGUAAUGAAAUUUGCACAAGAUGCAAUCAAUGAUAUGGUCCAUUGGAUAGAUGACAUCAGUGCUGUGAUUGAGUCUAUUACAACAUCAACUAGUAAGGUUGCAACAAGAAAUAAUGAAUUAGUUUUAAAACUAUCAGGUAUAGAACGUCAACUGUUUGAAGAGAAAACACGCGAAACACAAACAGAUAAAGAGAAGGAAGAGAUCCGAAGAAGAUACAACAAACGAGUUAAUGGACUUAAUGAAAUGAUAAUAGAAAACAAAGAUAAUACACCAAUAAUAACUUCACAAAAUGAAAUUAUUGAACUCAAAACAAAUAAUAUUGAAUUAAGAAGAAAAAACCAAGAAUUAAAAGAACAAAUAAUACGCCUUAAACAAGAAAACAUGGUAUUAAAAGAAGAGAUAAAUACAAUAUCUAAUAAUUUCCAAUAA